AUGAAGGCGCUCACACUUCUCUCCCUGCUCGGCUGCCUGAUCACGGCAAACGAAGCAAAAAUCUUUAGCCGAUGUGAACUAGCCUAUAUGCUUCAUGAAGAAGGGCUGGAUGGGUACGAGGGUUACAGCCUCGCCAACUGGAUCUGCAUGGCAUUCUUUGAGAGCGGCUUCAAUUCGGCAGCAGAGGACGAUAAUGCAGAUGGCAGCACGGACUAUGGCAUCUUCCAGAUCAACAGCCGUGUCUGGUGCAACAACUACCGGAGCCCCACUGAGAACCUCUGCCACAUACCCUGCACUGACUUGCUGUCAAAUGACAUAACGGAUGACAUCGUCUGUGCCAAAAGAAUUGUGCGAGACCCACAAGGAAUGGAUGCCUGGGAGGACUGGACAAUGCACUGCAAAGGGCGAGACCUGUCUGAGUGGGUGGAUGGAUGUGACCUGUGAGAAAGUCACCAGCCUGGC